AGCAAUUCCGAGCAUCCUGGCGCUUCCAAGCCUCCCUUAAGCUCCUCCAGCAUGACCUCACGAAUCCUGCUACGACAGCAGCUCAUGCGUGAGCAGAUGCAGGAGCAGGAGCGUCGGGAGCAGCAGCAGAAGCAGCAAGCCGCCCAGUUCAUGCAGCAGCGAGUACCCGUCAGCCAGACACCUGCCAUCAACGUCAGCGUCCCCCCCAGCCUGCCCCCCGCCACCCAGGUACCCAUGGAGGUCCUCAAGGUGCAGACUCACCUUGAGAAUCCAACCAAGUACCAUAUUCAGCAAGCGCAGCGGCAGCAGGUAAAGCAGUACCUCUCUACCACUCUAGCAAAUAAACAUGCCAACCAAGCCCUGAGCUUGCCAUGUCCAAACCAGCCCAGUGACCAUGUCAUGCCGCCUGGAACUGGAAGCAGCGCGCCCAACAGUCCAAUGGCUAUGCUUACCCUUAACUCCAACUGUGAAAAAGAGGGAUUUUAUAAAUUUGAAGAGCAAAGCAGGGUUGAGAGUGAGUGCCCGGCUCUGAAUACACACUCACGAGCAUCAUGCAUGCAGAUGGAUGAUGUGAUCGAUGACAUAAUUAGUCUGGAGUCAAGUUAUAAUGAAGAAAUCCUUGGCUUGAUGGACCCAGCCCUGCAAAUGGCAAAUACGUUGCCUGUGUCUGGCAAUUUGAUUGACCUUUAUGGCAACCAAAGCAUGCCUCCUCCAGGACUAAACAUCAGCAACUCAUGUCCAGCAAAUCUUCCCAAUAUAAAAAGGGAGCUCACAGCAUGUAUUUUUCCUACAGAGUCAGAAGCGCGAGCGUUGGCUAAGGAGAGGCAAAAGAAAGACAAUCACAACUUGAUUGAACGAAGAAGAAGAUUUAAUAUUAACGAUCGUAUAAAAGAACUAGGCACUUUGAUACCCAAGUCAAAUGACCCGGAUAUGCGCUGGAAUAAGGGAACUAUUCUAAAAGCGUCGGUGGACUACAUCCGUAAGCUGCAAAGAGAACAGCAACGCACGAAGGAGCUUGAGAACAGACAGAAGAAGUUGGAACAUGCCAAUAGGCACCUGCUGCUCAGAAUACAGGAACUUGAGAUGCAAGCUCGGGCACACGGACUGUCCCUUGGUCCAUCUACAGGCCUUUGCUCCCCUGAUAUGGUCAACAGGGUCAUCAAACAAGAGCCUGUGCUGGACAACUGCAACCAAGACAUCAUGCCGCACCACACAGACCUGUCUUGCACUACCACCCUCGAUCUCACCGACGGUACCAUCACCUUCAGUGACAACCUUGGAAACGUGACUGAACCAUCUGGCACUUACAGUGUUCCUGCAAAAAUGGGAUCCAAACUGGAAGAUAUCUUGAUGGACGAUACCCUCUCCCCCGUCGGAGUGACUGACCCGCUACUUUCCUCUGUGUCUCCUGGAGCAUCGAAGACGAGUAGCAGGCGGAGCAGCGUGAGCAUGGAGGACACCGAUCAUGCUUGUUAGCAUAUACUUGGCACACCUUUCAUAAACUGCUUUGUUUCUUGAUCAGUAGAUUAAAUAAUUUACCUUUUGUAGAAUUUUUUUGAUUUUUUUUCCUUGUGCUUCAUCAGUAGCCCAGUGUGUGCGCGUGUGUGUAUAUAUUAUAUAUAUAGGAAUUUUUUUUAGAAUUUUUUGUGAAGAAACUUGUAUAUUCUAUUUUAAAACUACCAAUGCCUCCAAAAUAUUGUACAGCAUAUGUACAGUAUCUGUGAACUGGAUUCGCCAAGAACUUUGAACUGGUCAAAUCUACUCAAAGCAAUAGAAUUACAAAUGAAGAGUCUGUUUCUACUGGGGGGAGGGGGAAAUCGUAGGAUUGUAAAUGCAACCUAUUUACCUGGAAACAAAAUGUAAAGUUAAAGAAUGUAAAGAAACCAAAAAAAAACCCAAACCCAAGUCCAAUUUGUAAUUGUAUUAAUUGAAUAGUGCUGCCUUAAAGAUACAGUGUCCCUCAAACGUUGGUCUUUACAUGACAAGUGUUUAGGGAAAAAUACCUGCCCUACUCCACCCAGAAUACAAAAAAGAAAAAAAACCAACAAAGGUGUUAAGACAUCCUGAUUGUGUUGAUUGCGAUAUAAAAUGCUGUUGCUGAAAAUAGCAGGGAGAUGCAAGUCUCUUUCUCAGAGUGCCGUUUAAUUUUACUCUGAGCUGAUUUGGGUUUUCCUUUUGAUCAUGGUUCGAGUUUUUCUCUUAGAUUUUUUUAUUUUGUUUUGUAACACGCAUUGAUGGCCUGCCAACAGUAAACCAAGCAGGAGCACUGUAAGUUGGUAUACACUCUUUGGACAAAAAAAAAAUUGAUAACGUUUUAUCAGCUGGGCACAUUAUGUUGUACAUAUCUAAUUGGCUUUAUUUUUUUUUAAAUUGCAUUGUACAGUUUAUUUUGAUUUGCAUGGAUUCCUUAGUUAUCCUCAACUUUUUGUUUGAAAUAUAUUUGUAUUUCAUUUGUAAGAUUUUUGCCUCUUAAUAUUGCAACGAUUUUUUGACAUUUUUAAAACUCAUUGGAAGUUUUCUGCGUUCUUUGUAAACACUUGAAAGGAAGCUUUUAUGCAGGGUUCUGUGUUUUAAGAGAGAUUUUGAGAAUAUUUUGUAUAUUACAGUCUCACUUUGAAAAUGUUUUUAAACACAUUUAAGAUAGAGUACAAAUUUAGAUUAGGUAAUAAAACAAUUCUGUAGAGAAACUGAACUUACAUAUUUAUUUUUAGUGAUACAGAAAAAAGUAGUAAUAUGCUUGGAAACAUAACUAUGUAGUUAAUAUACCCGUUAUAGUAAUUUGUGUUUUAUUUCAGCACUGGGGCUGACAUAAGAAAAAAAAACAAACAAACAAAAAAAAAGUAAAUUACUGUAUCUGCAAAUAACUGUUACUUGAUAACAACGUUAUUAAUUUUUAACAUGCAACAAUGUUGUAAAAGUAGUUGGUGCAUUAUCUACUCAAGUGUAGUCCUAUGCAAUAACGGUAGUUAUACUUGUAUUAUAUCAAGCCUAGGUGUUUUACAGAGGUGACAUGUGGUGUUACGAGCUAGACGGAUGGAACGGAUUUCUCAGUAGCAGCCUACAGCUGACUCGCAAGUGGCAGGCAAGCGCAUCUCGUUCAGAAUGAAGUGCCUUAAACUCUAGUUGUAGUCUUCCUCGACUAGCACUGACUGAAGUGUGGCAUAGGAGAGAGCUUUAGGGUGAUGUUUUAUAGGACGCUGAAGUGUAGCAUGGUGCCUACGUAUAGAAAACAAGAGCUUCCCGUUCUCCUUUGUGCUACACUGGAAAU